AUGCUGUUACGGGCGAAAUUGAUGAAAACCGUUGAUCCUGUUGAGAGAUGCUCCCUUCAGAAACAGUCUUCACAGUUAGCCUUUGAGGCUGUUGAGCUUGAUCCAAAUUCCGGUCUAGCACAUUCUUGCCUGGGUAAUUCACUUUUCCUUGAGUUUUUCAACACCGGUCAGGUUAAUGAGGAUUUGCUGAAACGAGCGUGCAGCGAAUAUCGUCUCGCUCUGCAGUGUGGAAAAGAAUAUCGCAAUGCCGAUUUGCAUUUGAAUGCUGGAGCUGCUUUCCGCUAUGAAGAGAACUACGCUGAAGCAUUAGCCAAUCUUCGAUUAGCGGUGAAGUAUGAUCCCAGUGAUGUCAUCGGUUCUCACGGACGUUUAUCAUCAUUCACGCAAUUUCUCGUCAAUGUUGCAUCGGGCAUUCAAAAUGCAGGUGACUGCGUGCUUUUAAAUUGGCUAUUUAGCGUCACUUCGUGCAAUUCGUGA